AUGAAAUCAUAAUAUGAUUACUCUAAAAUUAAAUAUGAAUGUAUCGUAGUUCGUAAACAUUUCAUUAGUGAUGUGAAAUAUUACUGCUAUGUUCUAAAUGAUUACCUUUUGAUGAGUAGAGUAAGAUUACUCACUAUAUAGAAAGUUAAGGAUUAAAAUCCAAAAUAUGUUUUAGAAUUGUAGCUAACAUAAUAAAUUGGAUGGAUAACUGAAUAAAAGGAUAAUAAGCUUCUAUUGAUUGGAUUUAUGAUCAAAUAUUAGAACAAGCUAAAAGAUUUUAUAGGUAAAACCGAAGAAUUACAAAAGUAAUGAAAUAUGUAAAAGAGAUAGACUAAGAGAAUAGAUAAAGAAUAAAGUGACAUUUAAUAAGAUUGCCGACUUUUAUGAAGCUUAAUAUAAUCUUGGGAAAGGGAGUUCCGCAAAAGUAAUCCAAAUAAAAGAGAUAGGAAAGGAAUCAGCUAAGUUAGCAGCCAAAGCUAUAGAUAAAAAUUAUCUUUAGAAAAGUGAAUUUGGAAUGCAAGCAUUUUUUAAUGAAGUCGCAAUUCUAAAUUUUCUUAGUAAAUUAAACAGUAAUACACCAUUUAUAAAAUUAUAUGAAACUUUUGAGGGUGAUCACACAUAUUAUUUAAUAUUAGAUUUGAUGCGUGGAAGAACUUUGGCAGAAGAAAUAGAUUUUCUUAAAGUAUAUAUAUAUUUUUAAUUAUAUAGUAAAAGAGGGAAUUGCUUCCAAUAAAGUCAGUAAAAAUAAUUAUGUAACAAUUACUGGAAGGAGUAAAAAUUCUUCAUGAAAAUAAUAUAAUACAUAGAGAUUUAAAACCAGAUAAUAUUAUGUUCCGUGAAUAAGAUUCGUAUGAUACUCUUAUUAUAGUGGAUUUUGGAUUGUCUACUUUUACUGAUGUUUCAAAAUAUUAAUUUCCAAAAUGUGGAACACCUGGAUAUGUAGCACCUGAAAUUUUAAAUUUAAUUGAUAGAGAAUAAAAAUAUGAUAAAGUUUGUGAUAUUUUUAGUUGUGGAUGCAUUUUCUAUAAAUUAUUAUUUGGACAUAGUUUAUUUUUUGGUAAUACUUUUAAUGAAGUAUUGGCCUAAAAUAAAAAAUGUAAUUUUAUUCUAGAUGGACGUGAAAUGGAUAUCAUAUCAAUGGAUGUAUAGAUUUUAUUAAAAAAAAUGCUUGCAAAAAAUCCAGCUGAAAGAAUAACAGCUAAAUAAGCUUUAGAAUCUGAAUUUUUUAAGAAUUCUAUGACUCCAUCUACUUAAGAUAGUAUUUAAUAUUAAUUAUUUAAUCUUAGUACUUAAAACAUUUACAAUUAAUAAUACAAGUAAUAAAAAUAUAUUUUAACCUACUGCGGAUGUAUAAUUAUCUGAAGCUGACUCUCCUUUCUAACGAGUUUAAAAUAAAUAUAAAAAUUAAAUAGAAUUUGAUAUUGAUAUUUCGGAAAAUAAAUCUUCAACAAUUGAAAUUAAAUAAUUACCAAAAGUUAAGAAGCCUUCCUGUGGAAAAAUUGAAGAUUCUACUUUUAGAAGUUUUUACACCAAAGAUCCUUUAAGUAGCUAUAAAAAAUUAAAUGAUAGUAUUUUAUUGAACUUAAUUUAGAAUCUCUUAAAAAUGUGAAUGAAUCAUUAGAUACCAAAAUUAAUAAUUAAUCAUAGGUUGAUUAAAUGUAAAGAAUCUCGUUAUUUAAUAGAUAAAAAGAUAAUUGA